AUGAGUAGAGGUGGCGGUUAUAACAGCUCAUAUAAAGGCAAAAGGGGAGGUUAUCAAGGUAAUUGGAAUAAUGGACAUGGCAAUAAUAAUAAUAAUAAUAGUAACAAUGGUCCCUAUAAGAAAUCACUGUCCAAUUAUAAAGGUAAUGGCAAACCACAAACAGAUACCUACAACGGUUAUCAAGGGAAAAAUAACAACAAUUACAACAGCAACGGAGGUAACAAAUGGAAUAGAAAUAACAAUUAUCAAAAUAAUCAAUCCCCAAAUUCCUAUUCUCGCGGAGGAAACUAUAGUCCCAAUAAUAACCUGUCUAUUGAGCCAAUAAUUGAAGAAAAUGUGGAUGAUUCCAAUAAUAACAAGAUUUUCAAAUAUUUAAAUAAUAAUCUUAAAGAUUAUAAAAAAUCAAUUCCUCAAGAAUCAGCCAAUGUACGAGAAAAUCAUAUUAAAAAUCGAAUAAAUAAUGAUAUUAUUGUUGAAUAUAGAGCCAUAUGUCGAUUUUUCUUAAUGAAUUUUGAUAAAAUAGAAUUUGUUGAUGUUAAUCGACAUUCAAUUCAAAAUUAUUUACAAUUAAUUGUUGAUGAAAGACAUAUAGAUAUGGAAGAGCAUUUUAAACAAUUUACUUUAUUGGAUUAUAUGGUACAAAUGGUGAAAGAUGCAUUUAAAUUACAAAGACAUAUAGUAUUUGAUGGAGUUACUGAAGAAGAAUAUAAUAAAUGGAAACUGGAACAAGAUGCAUUGGAAAAAUCAAAAACAGGAGCACCAAAAAUAACAUUUGCUGAUGAACCAUUUGAAUUUGAUGAACAAUUGAUUGAUUUUGAAGAAGCAUUUGAAGAAGAUUUUAAUAAAGAGAACAGCAACGGUAAUGCUAAUAACGGCGACAAUAAUAGUAAUGAUAAAUCAAUUGAUACUAAUGGUAAUAAACUGGGAACAAGUAUAAGUGUUUUACCUACAGUAAUUGAAGAAAAUGAAACAGAUUCAUAUAUACCCUCAACAUCAAAGUUUAAUCAACAUCAACAAGAACAAAAAUCGACAGUUGAAACAUCUUGGGAUUCAUAUAGACCAUCGACUCGUAAGACACCAGUAUCAAGUAGUAAUGGUUUAUUUGUUAGUGAUUCCGAAUAUUCACCACAAACACAAAGAUCAACAUCUAGUUUACCAUCUCAAUCUAAUUCACAACAACAACAACAACAACAACAGUCAUCAUCACCAUUAUCGUCACAGAACCAAAACAAUCAAUACAACCAACAGAAUCUACAAUCCACAUCUACAGGGCGUCAAUUACCACCUACAGGACCAAAAAAAUAUCAAACUUCACCUCCACAAUCAAAUUCUUCAAAUUAUUCACCAUCAUCAUUAUCACAACCAUCACAUUAUCGUCCAACAGAACCUAGAUUUGAACGACGUAUAAGAGAUUAUCAAACAGAUGAACAACCAUCCGAAGAAGAAAAAUUAUUAAUUGAAAGAAGAAAACGACAAAAAUUUGAAGAGAAAAAAGCAUUAUUAGGUAAAGUAUUCAAUGACAAAAAUGAUGACAAUAAUAACCAGGAUAACAAUAACCUGGAUAAUGACUCAGACAUAGUUACAAUAACUCCAGAUGAUUUAUUUUAUCAACUGAAGAAGAAAAGAAAAGUUGAAGUUGAUAAUGUAAAAGAUAUUGAUUAUAAAACAUUUAUUGAAAGAUUGAAAUCUUAUGAUCGAAAGAAAGAUAAAACUAAACCUAAAAAAGAUGGAUCAACCAAAUCAGUACAUCCUAGAUAUGUUGAUAGAAGGAUUAUGGAAGUACCUAAUAAGUUUAAAAAAGUCCUUGCAUUAAUAGAUUAA